CCCUCAAUCAAAAAUUACCCCCAAACAGAACAAAUCUCCGCUUCCUUUUCUCUCCCACAACAAAAAAAAUUCCAAAUCCCUCCCAAAAUUUCGUCUUUUUUUUUAUUUUUUUUCCUGGGCCGGCGAUCGAUCGAUCUCUAAAUCUCGUGCUGUAAAUUUCAAUGUCGACGGAGGAUGAGAAGCUAUUGAAGGAGGCCAAGAAGCUGCCUUGGGAUGAGAGGCUUCUUCAUAAGAAUUGGAAAGUUAGGAACGAUGCUAACAUCGAUCUCGCCGCCGUUUGCGAUGCGAUCACAGAUCCGAAGGAUCCAAGGCUCAGAGACUUCGGGCCGUUGUUUAGAAAAACAGUGGCAGAUUCUAAUGCACCAGUACAGGAUAAGGCGCUUGAUGCGUUAAUUGCGUUUUUGAAGGCGGCGGAUGCUGAUGCUGGAAGGUAUGCGAAGGAAAUAUGUGAUUCAAUUGUUGCCAAGUGCCUCACUGGUCGGCCGAAGACAGUAGAGAAAGCUCAGGCUGCAUUUUUGCUUUGGGUGGAGUUGGAGGCAACGGAUGUUUUCUUGGAAGCCAUGGAGAAAGCAAUCAAAAAUAAAGUUGCAAAAGCGGUCGUGCCAGCUAUUGAUGUCAUGUUUCAAGCUCUGAGUGAGUUUGGUUCAAAGGUUAUCCCUCCCAAGAAAAUUCUGAAAAUGCUCCCAGAACUUUUUGACCAUCAAGAUCAGAACGUACGUGCGUGCUCUAAAGGCCUGACACUUGAAUUAUGCCGCUGGAUUGGCAAGGAUAUAGUGAAGUCUAUUCUGUUUGAGAAAAUGAGAGAUACCAUGAAAAAAGAGUUGGAAGCAGAGCUAGGUAAUGUCACAGGGAGUGCUAGACCGACUCGGAAAAUAAGAUCUGAGCAAGACAAGGAACCUGAACAAGAAGCUGUUAUGGAAGUUGCGGGUACUGGUGCUUCAGAAGAAUCCGUUAACGAUGCUCCACCGGAAAUAGAUGAAUAUGAACUUGUAGACCCUGUUGAUAUUCUCACUCCCUUGGAGAAGUCUGGAUUUUGGGAGGGAGUGAAAGCUACCAAGUGGUCAGAAAGACGGGAUGCUGUUGCAGAACUUUCUAGACUAGCUUCAACAAAGAAAAUUGCGAUGGGUGAUUUCUCUGAAGUCUGCCGCACACUUAAGAAGCUAGUUACGGAUGUUAACCUAGCUGUUUCUGUUGAGGCUAUUCAAGCUAUUGGGAACCUUGCUCGAGGUCUAAGAAAUCAUUUUUCUGGCAGUUCACGUUUCUUAUUGCCUGUGCUACUUGAGAAAUUAAAGGAGAAAAAAGCUGUUGCGACUGAUGCGCUUACCCAGACCCUGCAGACAAUGCAUAAAUCUGGGUGCGUAGCCCUUGCAGAUGUUGUUGAAGAUAUCAAAGUGGCUGUAAAAAAUAAGGUUCCACUUGUCCGGUCAUUAACAUUAAACUGGGUCACAUAUUGUAUUGAGACGAGUAAUAAAGCAAUUGUUCUGAAGUUGCACAAGGAUUAUGUUCCUAUAUGUAUGGAGUGUUUGAAUGAUGGUACCCCAGAAGUGAGAGAUGCAGCUUUUGCUGCCUUGGCAGCUAUAGCUAAGAUGGUGGGUAUGAGACCCUUGGAGAGGUCAUUAGAGAAAUUAGAUGAAGUAAGAAAGAAGAAACUUUCAGAAAUGAUUGGGACUAGUGGUGGUGCGAUCUCUGGGACAGGAUCAGGUCCUGUCUCAACUUCAAGCGGAAGUGUUGCUGGUCAUGAGGUCACUGACAGCUCAUUUACAAGAAGAUCAGCAGCAAGUAUGCUUAGCGGGAAAAAGCCAGCCCAAGCAGCUCCUGUUACAAAAAAAGGCGGCCCAGUGAAAUCUGGCGCUAUGAAGAAGGCAGAUGGAGGCGGACAGUCCAAUGCUAUUGAGCUUGAAGAUGUCGAGCCAGGAGAGAUGAGUUUAGAAGAAAUUGAAGGCAAAUUGGGUUCUCUUAUUCCUGGUGAUACAAUCGCUCAGUUAAAGAGUAGCGUUUGGAAAGAGCGUCUUGAAGCAAUUGGCUUGCUAAAGCAGGAGGUUGAGAAUCUUGGGGAUCUUGAUCCAUCUGCUGAGAUCUUGAUUCGUUUAUUAUGCACUGUGCCUGGGUGGGCUGAAAAGAAUGUGCAGGUUCAGCAACAGGUGAUUGAGGUCAUAACAUAUAUCGCAUCUACUGUGAAGCGGUUUCCAAAAAAAUGUGUUGUACUUUGUCUUCAAGGUAUUGGCGAACGGGUAGCAGAUAUCAAAACACGUGCUCAAGCAAUGAAGUGUCUUACUAGCUUUUCUGAAGCAGUGGGACCAGGUUUUGUAUUCAACAGACUCUACAAAAUUAUGAAAGAGCACAAGAAUCCAAAAGUUCUCAGUGAGGGAAUUCUGUGGAUGGUCUCUGCAGUAGAUGAUUUUGGUGUUUCCCAUAUAAAGUUAAAGGAUUUAAUUGAUUUUUGCAAAGACAUUGGACUGCAAUCCAGUACUGCUGCAACGAGAAACUCAACUAUAAAGCUUAUUGGAAGCUUACACAAGUUUGUUGGUCCAGAUAUUAAAGGUUUCCUGGUCGAUGUCAAGCCUGCACUUCUUAGUGCAUUGGAAGCAGAAUAUGAGAAAAAUCCAUUUGAGGGUGCUGCUGCAGCUCCAAAGAAAACUGUAAAAGCUUUAGAUUCCAUAUCUUCUGCCUCCGCUUCUGGGUUUGAUGGUUUGCCACGGGAAGAUAUUAGUGCAAAGGUUACACCUAAUCUACUAAAGAAUUUAAGCAGCCCUGACUGGAAGGUACGGUUGGAGUCCAUUGAAUCGGUAAAUAAAAUUUUGGAAGAAGCUAACAAACGCAUCCAAGCUGCAGGAACCGUUGAAUUACUUGGAGCUCUAAGAGGUCGUUUGUUUGAUAGCAAUAAGAAUUUAGUAAUGGCAACCUUGACUACAAUAUCGGGGAUUGCUUCUGCUAUGGGUCCUCCAGUUGAGAAAUCUAGCAAGGGAAUUUUGUCAGAUAUAUUGAAGUGUUUAGGUGAUAAUAAGAAGCAUAUGAGGGAAUCCACAUUGAACACGCUAGAUGCAUGGAUUGGAGCUGUGCAACUUGAUAAAAUGGUUCCAUACAUUACAGUUGCAUUGGCUGACCCAAAACUUGCUGGAGAAGGGAAAAAGGAUCUUUUUGAUUGGUUGUCCAGGCAUCUUUCAAAGAAUAGUGAAUUACCAGAAGCUUUGCAGCUAAUGAGACCAACUGCUGCGGCACUCUCGGAUAAGUCAGCGGAAGUUCGGCAAAGCCUGGGCAGAUCGCACUUUGUGGUGAAAUUUUUGAGGGUUUGUGACCCAGAAAUUGGUAUGUUGGUGACAAAGAAUUUGAAGGAUUUGCGUGGACCGGCUUUAGCUCUUGUGCUUGAACGCCUGAAACCUUCUGGUCUAGCUCUUUCUGAAGCCUCAGAGUCCAUGAAACCUGUUCCUACUGGUCUGGUAUCCAAAUCUACUUCAAAGACUGCGAAACCAGCUCUCAAUGGUUAUGCUGCGUCUAAGCAUGGCAGCAAGUCUAUUCCCUCGAGAGGGUUGCCUACAAGGGCUUCAAAAUCAGACCCUAUUUUAUCGGUUCAAGAUAUUGCAGUCCAAUCUCAGGCUUUAUUUAAUGUCAAGGACUCAAACAAGGAGGAUAGAGAGAGACAUGUUGUACGCAGAUUCAAAUUUGAGGAUCCACGUCCUGAGCAGAUUCAAGACAUUGAGUACGAUUUUGUGAAGUAUUUCAGAGAAGACGUACAUAGACGUCUUCUUAGUACUGAUUUCAAGAAACAAGUGGAUGGUCUUGACAUAUUGCAGAAGGCUCUACCAUCAAGUUUGAAAGAAAUAAUUGAACUUGUUGAUAUACUUUUAAGAUGGCUCGUGUUGCGCUUCUGCGAGUCCAACACUACAUGCUUGUUAAAGGUCUUAGAGUUUCUUCCUGAACUUGUUGAUGGUCUCAAGGAAGAAGGCUAUACUUUAACUGAGGCUGAGGCUGCGAUGUUUCUCCCGUGCCUUGUAGAGAAGUCUGGACAUAAUAUUGAAAAGCUGCGGGAAAAAAUACGUGAACUGAUGAAGCAGAUUGUUUCUAUAUAUUCUGCAUCAAAGCUGCUACCUUAUGUCUUGGAGGGGUUGCGUUCAAAAAAUAACCGAACUCGGAUUGAAUGUGUCGACCUUGUUGGCUACCUUUUUGAUCAUUAUGGAGCUGAGAUUGGUGGGCAGUUAAAAUCCUUGCAACUUGUUGCUGCUUUAACAUCUGAGCGAGAUGGUGAAAUUAGGAAAGCUGCCCUAAACACGAUGGCUACUGCUUAUAAAAAUCUUGGUGACGAUGUGUGGAGGUAUGUCGGAAAGUUAUCAGAAGCUCAAAAGAGUAUGCUAGAUGAUAGAUUUAAGUGGAAGGCUCGGGAUAUGGAGAAGAGGAAGGAAGGAAAGCCUGGUGAGGCCAGAGCAGCACUACGUCGAUCUGUGAGAGAUAAUGGAUUAGAUGUUGCAGAACAGAGCGGAGACAUCCUUUCCCGGUCUGUGGCGGCUCCUCUCCUGCCUAGGGAUAAUUUUGGUUUUGCCGAUGCUCACAUGGAAAGGCACAUGUUACCCCGGCAAAUGGCGCCUGUAAAUGGUCCAGCAGACUGGCAUGAAGCUCUUGAUAUAAUCGCAUUGGGGUCACCAGAGCAGUCAGUUGAAGGCAUGAAAGUUGUUUGCCAUGAGCUGACUCAAGCCACUGGUGAUCCGGAAAGCAGCACAGCUGAAGAGCUUGUUAAGGAGGCGGACAGAUUAGUUUCAUCUCUAGCAACUAUGGUUCCAAAGACCUUCAACUUUAGCCUAUCUGGAGCAUCUUCGCGGUCUUGUAAAUAUGUUCUAAACACACUUAUGCAGACUUUCCAGAUCAAGAGACUCGCUCAUGCUGUGAAGGAAGUUACAUUAGACGAUCUAAUUACUGAACUUCUUCUAUGGCUAUUAGAUGAGAGAGUUCCUUUGAUGGAUGAUGGCAGUCAGCUCCUGAAAGCACUUAAUGUCUUGAUGCUAAAGAUUCUGGAUAAUGCAGAACGGACAUCAUCCUUUGUUGUUCUAAUUAAGUUAUUGAAACCCUUGGAUCCUUCAAGGUGGCCAAGCCCCACAUCAACUGAGAACUUCAUCACCAGGAAUCAAAAGUUUUCGGAUCUAGUAGUUAAAUGUUUGAUCAAACUGACAAAGGUCCUCCAAAGCACAAUUUACGAAGUUGAUCUUGAUAGAGUUCUUCAAAGCAUUCAUAUAUAUUUGCAAGAGCUAGGAAUGGAGGAGAUACGAAGAAGGGCCGGAGCUGAUGAUAAACCACUGCGAAUGGUUAAAACAGUUCUUCAUGAACUUGUCAAACUCCGUGGCACGGCCAUUAAAGGCCACCUCUCUAUGGUUCCUAUAGACAUGGAACCUCAGCCCAUAAUUCUUGCGUACAUUGAUCUGAAUCUCCAGACUCUUGCUGCUGCUAGAAUGCUUACCCCAUCUGGUCCUAUUGGACAAACGCAUUGGGGUGAUGCAACUUCAAACAGCCCGAACCCUACAACACAUUCUGCAGAUGCUCAGUUAAAGCAAGAGCUUGCCGCUGUCUUCAAAAAAAUUGGUGACAAACAAACCUGCACAAUUGGUUUAUAUGAACUCUACCGUAUCACCCAACUUUACCCCAAGGUUGAUAUAUUCGCUCAACUUCAAAAUGCAAGUGAGGCUUUCCGAACGUAUAUCAGAGAUGGGCUUGCACAGAUGGAAAAAAAUGCAGCGGCUGGAAGGACACCUUCAAGCCUCCCAAUGUCGACACCUCCUCCUUUAGCUUUAAAUGCUUCUUCCCCAAAAUUUGCCCCCCUCUCUCCUGUACAUACUAAAUCAAUUAACACAAAACCUGAAAACGCCCCUUCAAAUUUACAAGUUCCCUUUACUGAAGAUGAUGGUGUUAAUGCCACUGCAGCCUCUUAUAGAGGUCAGACUAAUUUAUCAGAUCAGACGCAUAUGGUAGAUGACCGUAACGAUAGAUACCCAUCUGGAGCUGCUGGAUUAACCUCGGGGACACUUGAUGCUAUCAGAGAACGGAUGAAAAGCAUUCAAGCUGCAGCUGCUGCUGGGAAUUUAGAAGGUGCAGCACCUAGACCACUGAUGAGUGUAAAUGGCAAUGCAUACCAUGGCAUGGACCGAGCUGAGUGCGAACCACCCGUACAGAGUAAUAUUCUUCCUAUGGAUGAAAAAGCACUAUCUGGAUUGCAAGCUCGGAUGGAGAGACUAAAGCAUGGAUCCCUUGAACCUCUUUGAGGGAGAUAAGCUAACUUACCGAUAUUCUUUUUGGCGUGGUUUCUUGUACAUGAAAACAGUACAAAGAGCAAUAUUGUGCGUGCAAAUAUAAAAUAGAAUGUUAGGAUGCAUUAAAUGAUGCGACCUUGAUUGUCACCACCUUUGUAUUUUAGAGUUCUGUUAACCUCAUUGGACUGCUUUGGUCCAGGUGGGAGCAGAUGUAAGAAAUUCGUUAUACAGAUAAGUCUGUGUGUAAGUGUAACAUGGCUAGCUUUCUAACAUACAUUUCUCAUAAAGCUAUUUAUUUGUUCUACA